AUGCUCCAACAAUUUGAAGAAGGGGCAGAGGGUGUGCUGGAUGAGUGCUAUCAAGAGGACAGCGAACGAACCCGGCUUCUAGUAAAUAAGAAGUUACGCUACUAUGGCGGUACAUCUGUUAUACGUCUUGCUGCUCGAGGACAAUGUAUUCGGUUUAUGUCAUAUCCUUGCUGUCAAGAGCUACUCUCUGAGGUCUGGAUGGGCGCUUUGUCACCAAAGAACACAAAUCUGCAGAUUGCGCUCGGCGUCCUUAUGGGCAUGUCAAUGCCGCUACUGCUUCCAAAUGUGGUUCGCUACGUCAGAACUGACAUCACUUAUAAGAGCAAUCAGGAUGGGGUAAGGGAGAUAUCAUUAUUUCACCAGGUGUCAAAAUUAGGAAUUUAG